AUGUUGACAAAAAGGGUUCCUGUUGAUUCUGUCUCCUUGUCUAGCAUAUUGGGUGUCUGUGCGAAAGGGGAAAGGGACAUCGGUCUCUGUCAUGGUCUCUCAUGUAAUGCACAAGGAAAACAAAUGCACACAAUGUCAAUUAAACUGGGAUUUGAUAGAGACCUCCAUUUAUGCAACUCUUUGCUUGAUAUGUAUGCGAAAAUUGGGGAUAUGGACAGUGCUGAGAUGGUUUUUGUUAAUUUGAAUAAGCACAGUAAUGUUUCUUGGAAUAUAAUGAUAGCUGGGUAUGGAAAUAGAUGUAACAGCGAGAAAGCGGCAGAGUAUCUUCAUAGAAUGCAGUGUGAUGGAUAUGAACCAGAUGAUGUUACAUAUAUUAAUAUGCUGACAGCGUGUGUCAAGUCUGGCUGGGGAUUCUAUAAUCAAAUUGCGGACCAUAGAGAGGCAAUUGAACUGUUUAGAAAAAUGCAGUUUCAAUGCCAACAUCCUGAUCGGACUACUUUGGCCAUUAUUCUCAGUUCAUGUGCUGAACUUAGACUUCUUGAGGUUGGAAAAGAGGUUCAUGCUGCAGCUCAAAAGUUUGGAUUUUAUGAUGAUGUCUACGUUGCCAGUAGCCUUAUUAAUAUGUACUCCAAGUGUGGGAAAAUGGAGUUGUGUGAGCAUGUGUUCAGUAAACUUCCUGAACUAGAUAUUGUAUGUUGGAACUCAAUGUUAACAGGGUUCUCAAUCAAUGCUCUUGAACAAGAUGCCUUGUCUUUGUUCAAACAGAUGCGAUCACUUGGCUUCUACCCAUCUGAGUUUUCUUUUGCUACCAUAGUUAGCUCUUGUGCAAAAAUUUCUUCAUUGUUUCAAGGUCAACUGUGA